AUGACGACAGCUCCACAGAUGAUAAGAGGAAAGGUUACAAGCCACGCCAAGAGGGCGCUUGUACAUCACAACAAGAUUCUCGGCCGAUAUGCUUUGUCAUCUUCAUCGACUCCGUCGAUCACCGGCCCUUCGAAACACUCUCAUUCUUGGGAGCGUUCGGCCAAGAUGGUCAAGAAUGUGGAUGUGACCAACAAGUACCUCGAACACAUUCGAGAUGUCCACGACCCUUCCAUGCACAUUAAAACUAUUGAGGAUGAAAUUAGAGGAACCAUGGGAAAAGCCCUGGGCAAACAGGGAGACAAAAUCCUUCGGGCACUUCGCAGCAUGCAACAAGAGUUGGAUCAGUAUCACGCCUUGAUCGAUCAACAAAAUCAUUCGCUGUCAUCACCGGCGGUACUGAAACACGCCCAACAGUACAAUUUGUACCGAGAGCAAGCCAAGACAGCUCGGUGGGAGCUCAUUGUCCAUCGACAAGCCGUGGGAUUCAUUGUCAACAAUCACAGUUUUGUCAGCAACAAAUAUCCAAUCAGCCCGGCGUUGCCCGAGACAGAGGAAGAAGUGCUCAAGUUGGAACGGAAAAGCGAGGAAACGGAAGGUCAAGAAGAAGAAAAACCCAAAGUUAAUAUGAGUGGACAGUUGGACUGGUGGCAACGAGUUGGGCGGUGGCGGUAG